AUCCCCUUAAACUACACUCUAGCUCCUCCCGCUGUUGAUUUUGGUAUUGGGGACGUGGCAAGGCAAAGUCUGCGGAGGAAAAGGGCACGGCACCCCUUGAGGCGAGGAAAUGAGAAAACUGCCUGUGAUCCAAGCAGAGCAGAUCUGCCUGUAGGUUGCUGUAGGGCUUGUCAUUGGGAGCAAGGAAAGGAGGAGAAAAUUACUCCAGAUUAGUUCAGGUUCAACUUCAGUGGCAGAUCUGGUGGCCUUGGAGUGGCUGAAGACCACCACCCUCCACAGGGCUGCACUCAGGCCCACAGUGAUUUUUCCCUUCCCUGAGUGAGCUUCCUCUGCACAUUGUUUAUAUUAUUGGCAGAGUCUAUAGUUGAAAAGAGGGCUGAGUGGCUACUGGACUUUGUAUGAAAACAUCAACCUGGGACAGACCUUCAGUCAAGGCUGAGACGGGGGUAGGGGUACAUAACUUACCUUUAACUUGGAUCACGACUGGCUCUGAGGCUAUGGCAGUGGCAGAGGAGGGACUGGGGCUGGUAUGAAAGCUAGAAUCAGUGGCCCUGCCAACACUAGAGCCAAGGCUAAGAUCCAGGCCAAGGCAGUGGCUGAGGCAGAACCGAAAACACGACCAGUGACCCAGGCCAAGGCUGAGGAUGGAGCAGUGGCCAGGACACAGACAGUGACAUACACUGAGGCUGUGACUAUGACAAAGGAAGUGAGCAAGAUGGAAGCUAUGACUAAGACUAGAGUCAUGGCUGAGACUAAGGCAAAACCUCUGGCAGAACCUGGUAUAGUGCCCCAAACCAAGUCAAAGGCCAUGCCUGUGUCCAGUGCUGUAACCAAGUGUGAAGUCAAGGCUGGUGCUGGAAGUGAAGCCAAUAUCAGGUCCUUUGCCAAAGCUGAUGAUAAGACCAAUAAUGCAUCCAGGCCCCAGAGAAGGAGAGACGCCAGCGUCAAGUUCAGGGCUGGGGACAGAACUGAUAUUAUAAUCGAGUCCAGUGAUGAGGAUGAAGGAAAUGUCUGCUCCUGGUUCUGGAGUGGAGAAGAGGCUAGUGUAGGAUCCUGGUUCUGGCCUGAAGAAGAGACCCCUUCUCAAGUUUAUAAGCCUCUACCUAAGAUCCAGGAAAAGCCCAAGCCCACACCCAAACCCGAACUUACUAUAAAGCAAAAAGCUGCAGCAUGGUCAAGAGCCAGGUAUAGUGUCCUGGUCCCAAUAGAGGGAGGGGAGCGAUCCUUGCCUCCAGAAGGAAAUUGGACUCUGGUUGAGACUUUGAUUGAAACUCCUCUGGGGAUUCGGCCUCUGACUAAGAUCCCACCCUAUAAUGGGCCUUACUUCCAGACCUUAGCUGAGAUCAAAAAACAGAUUAGGUAUAGGGAAAAGUAUGGGCCCAAUCCAAGAGCCUGCCGCUGCAAAUCACGUGUCUUUAGUUUAGAGCCUAAAGAGUUUGAUAAACUUGUUGCCCUACUUAAGUUAACUAAGGAUCCUUUCAUUCAUGAAAUAGCUACAAUGAUAAUGGGCAUCAGUCCUGCUUAUCCAUUUACCCAAGAUAUAAUUCAUGAUGUAGGUAUUACUGUUAUGAUUGAAAACUUGGUCAAUAAUCCCAAUGUUAAAGAACACCCUAGAGCUUUAAAUAUGGUGGAUGACAACUCUGAGUCUUCGGAAGAAGCAAAUACAGGAAAGUCAUACAUACAUCAAGUUUGUAAGGACAUAAUCUCUUAUCCAUUGAACUCCCCUGUGCAACUGGCUGGACUAAAAUUAUUAGUGCAUCUGAGUGUGAAAUUUGAGGACCACCAUUUGAUUGCCAGUUACAUUCCAGAUUUUCUCACCUUGUUAAACAAGGGAAGUGUCAAAACCAAGUUUUAUGUUUUAAAAGUGUUUUCACGCUUGUCUAAAAAUCAAGCCAAUACAAGAGAACUGAUCAGUGCCAAAGUACUGUCAUCAUUGGUUGCGCCCUUUAACAAGAAUGAGUCAAAGGCCAAUAUUCUUAACAUCAUUGAAAUAUUUGAGAAUAUAAAUUUCCAAUUCAAAAAGAAGGUGAAGCUAUUUACCAAGGAAGAAUUCACUAAAUCUGAACUUAUUUCCAUAUUCCAGGAAGCAAAAGAGUUUGGUCAGAAACUCCAAGAAUUAGCAGAGCACAGUGAUCCUGAGGUGAGAGAUAAAGUUAUACGAUUAAUACUCAAACUCUGAAUAGCCCUAUGUUCUCAAAAAUCCUUGAACAACUUUUUGGUGUUGUCAUAUGAAACCAAUGCAUAUUGUAGCUAUAAGUUCAAUAUUUAUGUUAUCUGUGUUGAUUGAAGAAGGCAAUUUUAUGGAUAGCAAAUGAUCUUAAGAGCUUGAAUAUUUGUUGAUAUUUCUUGUGCUAUAUAAAUGGAGAUAUUUUUAGUAUUUCUACAACAUGACCUAAUAAUGAACCUAUUCAUCCUGAGUAAACUAUGUUUCUGUGCUUUAUGUUGACAUAAGUGUAUUCAUUUGAGACUUCAUUUACAUGUUAAUAAAGUUGCAUGCUA